CUCGCAUCUUUCUUUUGCGUGCUUGAUAGUCUUUGACUUGAUAAACGUAAUUGAAGCUGCUUGUUGUCUUUCUCUUUUCAUUUUGCCUUUGCUGAUAAGUUCAUUCAUUUCGAUAUGGAAUCUCCAAAUACGAUGUCCCCGUCUUAUUCUACUACUCUGGGCGCCUCAAACGACUCGAACCUUGAGUUACUUUUGUAUGUGAAGUGUUGUGUCCGUUGAGGAUCUAGGUUCUUGUUUAAUGGGAGUGCGUUCGUUGACAAAGCAAUUAGUAAGGUCGAGGAAUCCUUCGGGAGGGAAAAUAGAAAUUUUGUAUAUCCAAAAGAUUGCGUUCCAUAGGCCCCUUAACUUGCACUUGCCUGAAGGCGAGGCAUUAUGCCCGACUAUUCUUUCAAAAAUUUUAUUCAAAGAUGGAUUGGCAUACGUUUAACUAUGUUGACACUGCGUUAGCAUGCUGCUAUCUUGCCCUAAAGGUCCAAGAUUCGAAAGAGUGGCGAGCACUGUCGGUCAAAGAAUUCCUAAGGAUCACUUAUCCGUCGUGGAGGGAUAAAUGUGAUCGAAGUACAGAGACUAUGGAGUACAUCUUGCCUCGAAUGGAGUGCAUCGUACUCAGUGGGAUCAACUUUGACCUGACUCUCAACAUUCCGCAUAAGUAUGUGCAGAAGUGCUGUCACGCGGCAUAUGGAGUGUGUUGUGAGGAGGUGAACAAGCGUCUGCCGAGCUUGCCCUCGAAGGACGUCGACUUUGUCCACCUCAUUCGCUUUUUUCUUGACAUUGUACUCUCUUCCUGGCUCUGUAUUGUCUACGAGCCCAAAGUCCUGGCCGCUGCUGCCGUGCAAUACGCCUCGGAGAAGCACAUCGCCCACUUGAAGGCGUUCUACCGUCCGUCCUGGCUGGCCUCGCUGGGCCUUUCCGACUCCGAGGUGCAAAACAUUCUCCGGCAGCGCCACGAGCUUUCCUACCGCCUCAAAGCCCAGCAAUCGAAGGAAUCGGGCGCCGAGCAGCGCGCUGCGAGUCGGCGGCCGCGCACGCCGCUCUCCGACUCCAGUCCCGACCUCGGCGAUCUGGCCAAGCGCGCCCGCCUGCAGCCGCCCGCCUCCAAGUCCCCCCGAGACUCCAGGGACUCCAGGGACUCCAGAGAUUCCAGAGACUCCCGAGAUUCCCGGUCUCCUCGCGACUCUCGCGACUCUCAAGACCCCUCGGUUCCCUUGGUUCCCUUGGUUCCCUUGGUUCCUCUGGUUCCUCUGGUUCCCUCGGUGUCCGGGGCCUCGUCCCCCUCGCAGAGCGCGCCCGCGCCCAUCGCGCCCAUCAUUCCCAACCUGCGUAGCUCCGCGCAGCCCGCGCCGCUGAUCCCCGUCCAGCCCGCGCCCUUGCUCCACUCGGCCCCGCUGGCCCCGCUGAUCCAGGCCGUCCGCGACGACUCCAGCGCGCAGCCCGCGCCGCUGAUCCGAUCGGCCGCGGGCGCGGCGCAGCCGGCACCCCUGCAGCCCGCGUCGGUGGGCACAGAGGCUGCCAAAGAGUCGUUCUGGAGGCCGCACGCAGCGCCGUUUCCGGCGUAUAAACGGACCGCGGGGACCAAACAGGAACUCGUUGUAAACGCUAUUUGAGGGAGACGCGCCCUCGUUCCUUUACUGAACCAUACAAAAUAAAAAUAAAAAUAAAACCAUUAUAACUAUACUAUAACUGCCGAAC